AUUGUCAAGUAUUUCCCUUUUUUCCAUGUUCGGUUUUGGUGACUGGCUUCUCUUCAUUCUUUCUUUGUUCUCUGUGUUUGAAAACUUUGAAUUCCUUCCUAAGAAUCCUAGGCAGUUUUCGGUGUCUUAUAAUAAGAGUCUUCUUUGCCAAAUGUUCUACUAUUAGUACAUGUAGUCCCUCUUCUUUUUAAACACCAAACAGUACCUGUAAAGGUUAAGAUUAAAAAAAAAAAGAAAAAAAAAAGAAGAAAAAAAGAAGAGGGAAAGAAAGAGUGCCUUUUGGAGGAGGAGUGGGGAUAUGAAGCUAAUUUAAUAUAUAGAUAGAUACCAUUACUUAGUUAUAGUUACCAUUGAGGAACUGUAAUUAAAAAAAAAAAACAAGAGAGAGAGAAAACAAAAAGUUGGGUUUUUCUUGGUAUGCUUUUUGGAUUGGAUAAAGGGAAGGAGCGUCUAAGAAAGGAGAAGAAGAGCGUGUUCUGUUGAAUUAUUGAGAUUAAAAAUACAAUGCACAACAACAACAAGAACAAGAAGAAGACUUGUUCUUCUUCUACUUCUUCUGCUAAUGAAGAUUCCAAGAAGAAGGAGCGUCACAUUGUUACGUGGACUCAGGAGGAGGAUGAUAUACUUCGCCAGCAAAUUAGCCUCCACGGAACUGAGAAUUGGGCCAUCAUUGCAUCAAAGUUCAAGGAUAAAACGACCAGGCAGUGCAGAAGAAGAUGGUAUACAUAUUUGAAUUCUGAUUUCAAGAAAGGGGGUUGGUCUCCAGAGGAAGACUUGCUCUUGUGCGAGGCUCAGAAGAUUUUUGGUAACAGAUGGACAGAAAUAGCAAAGGUUGUCUCAGGCAGAACCGAUAAUGCCGUGAAAAACCGAUUCUCCACCUUGUGCAAGAAGAGAGCAAAAUAUGAAGCUUUGGCUAAAGAGAACUCUACUACAUACAUGAACUCAAACAACAAAAGGGUUUUGCUCAGAAGCGGGUUUAGUACUGAUGGAACUUCGGAAACCGUAGGAUCUUCUACUAAGAAGAUGAGGAGAAGCCACAUCUCUGAUAUCACUAGCAGCUACAACUUCGGAGACAGAUUGCAUAAGCAAUGCAGGACGAUAACAGCAAUGAAUCAGCAGUUAAGAGCACCGUUCGCGGUUUUAGUUCAGAAUUCUCACAACAUUAACAAGUUGCCAACUCAACAUCAUGUCAGCAUCACCAAGGAGAUUGUUACUGAUGCACAAAAUAUCAAGUACCAAGGAUCAUUCCUCAGAAAGGAUGACCCGAAGAUUAAUGCUUUAAUGCAACAAGCGGAAUUGCUUAGCUCAUUGGCAUUAAAAGUUAACACCGAUAACACAGAUCAGAGUCUUGAGAAUGCUUGGAAGAUGCUCCAAGAUUUCCUGCACCAAAACAAAGAAAGUGACAUCCUCGGAUAUAGGAUCAGUGACUUUGACUUUCAACUUGAAGAUUUUAAGGAUUUAUUAGAUGACUUAAGGAGUAACAAUGAAGGAAGUCGACCAUCUUGGAGGCAGCCUGAUCUAUAUGAUGAGUCUCCUGCUAGCUCUGAGUACAGUACAGGGUCAACUGUCAUGUCCCAUACAGCAGGUGAUAAAAUCAGAGCUGAGAUGGGUGCUCUGGAGCACGAUACCGGCCCAGGUUCACAGUCGAUCCAUAUCGGAGAAGAAAGUUGUGUUGGUGAAUGCGAUAAAGGGAUGCUUUGCGGUGGAACCAGAGAACAAGCUGAAAUAUUUCCAACUUGUGAUGAAGGAACAAGCACAGAGUUUAGUUCCCCUACUCAUGUCACCCCGUUGUUCAGAUCCUUGGCAGCCGGAAUUCCCAGCCCCAAAUUUUCAGAAAGUGAGAGAAACUUCUUGCUUAAAACACUUGGAAUGGAGUCCCCAUCCCCUUGCCAGGCCACCAAUCCUUCACAACCACCAUCCUGCAAAAGAGCCCUCCUCCACAGUCUAUAACCAAACCUUUCUGGUGCAGCAAAAUUUAAAAAAAAAAAAAAAAAAAAAAAAAAAA